UUAGGGAAAACACAAGCUAUGUUUUAGAUUCUGGAUAAAACUACAAUCAUGUCAGUUUUAGAACGAAAAACUAAUUAAUCUGACCGGAUUGUUCCUGCGUUUUUGUGCAUUACGAGCUGUAAUUACAGUAUCAUUAUCUGCUAACCUCAUAUUGAUUGAAGUCGUCCAGUAUGAUUUUCUUCCCGCAGAUUAGACAUAGAGAAAGAUACCAGUACUCUAAGCAACAUAAAAAGCCAGAUUGCGUUUAAAAAAUGGACUCAAGGAGAAGUGCAUUGAACCUGGGGACAUGUUUUGUGGUUUUGAUGAAAGUAAAAUUUAGGCGUUUCACUGUAAUGACCACGUUUGGAAGAGUUCCAAGCCUGACAAUGCCAUCUCACUUGUGAAGUACGGAGGUGGCCAAAUCAACCUGUGGAGAUAUUUUGCUGCAGGACAAACAGCAGGUAAAGGGAGAUGCCAGACAGGGGAAGACACCAUCAGAGGAGUGAUGUGUCCGCAGAGUACAGGAGCAGGGAUUACUCACACAGGGGACAGCACUCUCUGUAUGAUAACCAGAGACACAGCCAAAACCCAGGAGGUUUAGAGGAGCGAUUCAGCAGUGACAGAAGAACCAAAGAGAACAGAAAAAGAGACGUGGCAAGUCCUCCUUUUCAUAAGGGGUCAGCUGCAUACAUUGCUCAUGAAAGGCCCUCAACACUGCCCAGAGAAACAUCAGUGUAUAACCAUGAGGUUUAUCAACAACAGCAAAGAGAAGCCCUGUACAAUUUAAGGUACAUCCUAACCUCUAGAGGUAUCUGUCAGCUCAUGGAGAUCUCUGUGAAUCUUCUUUUCAUAAUCUGCGCCGGAGUGCCGUACAGCAACAACGGGGGUUACCGCGACCUGGCCAGCCUCGGAGGAAUUUACGCUUAUUACUUUGGAGGCGCCAGCGCCUUCACUGGAGCUGAUGCAGACAGAGUCAAGGAGCUGGACCGCCUCUUCCACCAGCUCAAGCGGCCUCCAUAUGUCUUUGCAAUGGCCUGCAGUGGGAUUUUGAUGAUGUAUGCCUGUGUCAUGUUUGCCCUGGGGGUCUUCAGGGUCUCCUACCGCUGGCCCAUUGCGUUGCUUGUGGAAGCUGUUGUGAAUUUUCUGAUUGGCUUAGGUUACAUCGCUGGGUUGGUUUUCUACUUUAUUAAAAUACAGGAAACCUACCAAAACCCCAUCUGUCAGGAGAGGGAGCAGAUGUACAAGAGCAAAGGACACAAGGGCUUUGAGUGCAGCUUUAAUGGUGCAGAUAUCGCAGGAGGAUUGUUUGGAGUGGCAGGGAUUGUUGUUUUCAUCUUUGGUGGGGUGCUGGCAGUCAGAGCCUUCAAAUCAAUGCGAGAGCAGAAGAAUGAAAGAACAAAUGAGGACAAUUAUUUUUAAUCACGCUUUUCUUACAUCAGAGAGAACGUUUAACAGAUUGGAAGGGAUUUUUAUUAAGUCUUUUUCUGUACUAAAUUUCUUUAUGUAUGUUGGAAUACUUUUUUAACUCUUGAUGCUCUUUUCUUAUUUUUACUUUUGUACUGAGCGUUAUGUUUUUUUUGUAAAUGUCAUAAUAAACAGCCGGAUGAGAGUAUAUACAAUUUCAUUUUUUGGCAUGUAAAAAGAGGUAAUUGAAGAACAACUUUUCUUUCCACUUGUGAAAUGUAUGAUAGAACAUUUAACCUCUUGUAAAAAAAAAUUGCUGUUCUUAAUAUGGGAUGUAUUAGACAGAGGAGGAG